AUGCCUCCAAAGAAGGGCCAGCGUAAGUCAAUGCCUGCGCGCAUCAAUAAGGCGCCUACAUUGUCACCUUCCCGGCGCUCUCCCCGCGUACCUCGCCCGUCAAAAAGUACAAAUGAGAGCAUACAACCCGCCAAAACGUUGAACACAUCCGCCAGUCCCAAAGACAGUUCUAGCAACAUUCUUUUCUACACUCCGAAUUCACCUGUUACAAAUUCAAGUUCACGUGGAACGAGUCCCGAAACACCAUCCUCGCGUCGGCGGGCGUUCCAGUCUCGUCCGUCACGGCUCUCAACUGUUUAUACUCCAGCCCUAGAAGCCCCGGCCACCAGCUCAAGUAGUCGACGGACAAGAAGAACAGCUGCACUUGAAACACCCCAGAAAGAAGUAUCAGAUAUUGACUUUCCAGAGAGUAAUGGUAGCGCCAGCUGGACAUUUGACCAGUACAUGGGCAGCUUUGAAUCCGAAGGAACAGCCGAUGGUCCCUCCAGCCCUACCAGUGCCUCCGACAUGCAGAACUCAUCCCGGGUUCGCAAGCCCACCAUCAGGGCUAUUGAAUCUUUUGAAUCAACUAAGAAGAAGCCUCGCCGCAAGAACAUGACAGUGUCCGCCCCGACCGUCGAAACUCCUGCCCCUGCGGCUACCAAGGUUGCAAAGGUUGCGAAGAACAAUGUUUCGAAGCAGCCAAUGAGAAGAACAAGAAGGUCAAAGAGAAUGACCAACUUGAACAUGCGAAAAAAUGCUGUCUUGAUCGGUUUCGAUGUUAACGUGAAGGCGGCUGGCCAGAGACUAUAUGACUUGACUAUUCAGUCCUUCAGCCCUGACUUUACUCCCCCUUUGAAUAUCCCUGUAUUCUUGGAGCAACAGCGAAGUGAAUAUUUCCGUCGCCAAGAUGAAGAAAAAUAUGGCGUCGACAUGCCCGCCAAAGCCACGCCGAGUGAUGUCGAUGUCGAUGUAGAUAUGAUCGACCAAGACCUCCCAGCGCCUGUGAUCGCUUCUUCUUCUCCCACCCCACCCAAUCCCCCCACUCCUCCUACUCCUCCCACUCCUCCCACCGCAGUCAUCGACGGCUCAAGCAUCCUGAGCUACAAGAAGCAGUCUGACACCAAGGUCGGUAGCGAUGGCUGGAUUCAAACUGGCUACGUUAAUUCCAGUGGUGAAGAGGUUGCUUUGCUCCCCGAAAAUUGCCAUCCAUAUUACCCGUCCCAUACUUACGGCUACGAGGGUCUCCCUUUUCCACCAGUGCGCGCCAGAACCAGCCAGCAGGCCGAUGCCGAUGCCACUCACAGCUUCGCACCGCUCCUAGGAGACCGUAACCUCCCAUCUGAUGCGGUGGCCCCAUUCGUCACUGAAAAUGUGGAGGAGGAAAAGGCUAGGGCUCUGGCUCGGGCCCCUGUGCCAACCCUUGCGACUAAGAAGCCUCGUACCCGAAAGCGCCGUCAAACCGCGGCCGCCGAUGAGCCUGCCGCAGCGGUUCCUGCUGCUACUACCCCCGAGACCGGCGCACGCAAGUCACAGCGGCGCCGCCGCCAGACCGCUCCUGCCCCCACUCUCCUGUCUCCCACCUCUUCCCUUAACACUGCGACCGAGGUCCAGUCUUCGGGCCCGGCUGCCGCCGUCGCCCCCGCUGCCAUUGAAGGCGAUAAACCUAAGGUGCAGCGGCUCCGAUUGACUUUGAAGCCGGCGCCCAAGACUGAGGCCUCUGGGGUUCGAGCAUCUGCUUCCAAGAAAGGCCCCGUCACGCAGUCCCUUUCCUCCCCCGUCCUCUCGCAUUCGCGUGCGCCGUCCUCCGCACCGACCAACAAGCGCCGCCGCCGCCGGGGCAUGUGA